CCGCGCUUGGCUUUCAUCUUUUUUUUUCUUCCACCUUGCCUUGUUAAGACCAAAACACGCUACAUUUGGCAACUCCUUUUUCAUAAUUGGAAAUCCCUCUGUACCUUAUCCUCAAAAAAGAGAUGAAUCCAGCUCAACUCAAUUCAGACCUGGCUGCUGGUCCGUCCAGACUGGACCCUCCCAAUCCUCAAGAACCCUCCCCUAAAAAGUCCAAAACCAAAAUUGUGGACGAUGACAACGACUCGGGCGCGGAUUCUGACAGUGAAAAGCCAGCCAGACGUUCAGGCAGACGCAAAAUCAAGAUUGAGUAUAUUGAGGAUAAAAACCGCAGACACAUUACCUUUUCCAAGCGUAAAGCAGGCAUCAUGAAGAAGGCAUAUGAAUUAAGCACAUUAACGGGUACACAAGUGUUAUUGUUGGUGGUGUCAGAAACCGGUCUGGUGUAUACUUUUACCACUGUCAAACUUCAACCAAUUGUUACCAAACCCGAAGGUAAAAAUCUGAUCCAAGCGUGUCUGAAUGCUCCCGAUCCCAUACAAGGAGAAUCCUCUUCGGCUGGCGAUACGCCUUAUAAUACCAAUGCCUCACCUCGAGUAGAUACCGACAAGAAGCCUAUGUAUGAUGAUAAAAAGAGCACAAAAAAUUGAUUGGCCGCUACGCGUAUAUAGGUCGAUCCUCAAACGGCCCCCUCCGCAGCUGGACCUAGCGGUUUUGGUGUUCCGCCUUCGAGUGC